GAGGUUGCAGAAAACAAGAUGGCGGCGCAUCGGGGCUCCCUUCGGAUUUUUGCGUCGCGCGUAGCCUGGAUCGACGAUGCCAUCCCGUGGCUGUUAUUUUCGGAGCAUCGCGGUUGAUGUAUAAAAAUCGCCACGAAAAUAACCGAGAGAGAAAAUGACUGAGACCUAUCUGAAGGCCGACCCGGAGCUGAAGGCGGAGCUGAAGAGCAUCGCCGAGGCGAUAGUCGCUCCUGGGAAAGGAAUCCUUGCUGCCGAUGAGUCUACCGCGACCAUGGGAAAGCGACUGAAGGACAUCAGCGUGGAAAACGCCGAAGACAAUCGCAGGGCGUAUCGUCAGCUUCUCUUCACAGCUCCUAAAGACACCAUUGGGCAAUACAUUUCUGGCGUGAUCCUGUUCCACGAGACCCUGUACCAGAAGGCCGAAGACGGAACCCCGUUCGUGGAGCUCCUGAAGCAGCGCAACAUCAUCCCCGGCAUCAAGGUCGACAAAGGCGUGGUGCCGCUCUUCGGCACCGACGACGAAUGCACGACGCAAGGUCUGGACGACCUCCAGGCCCGCUGCGUGCAGUAUAAGAAGGACGGCUGCCACUUUGCCAAGUGGCGGUGCGUCCUGAAGAUCAAGAAGGAUUGCCCCAGUAAGCUCGCCAUUCUGGAGAACGCAAACGUCCUCGCCAGAUACGCCUCGAUCUGCCAGAGCGCCAGGAUAGUGCCCAUCGUCGAGCCUGAAAUCCUUCCGGAUGGUGAUCACGACCUUGCCCGCUGCCAACAAGUCACCGAGGAGGUCCUCGCGGCCGUCUACAAGGCACUUGCUGACCACCACGUGUACCUGGAAGGAACCCUGCUGAAGCCGAACAUGGUAACUCCCGGCCAGAGUUGUCCCAAGAAAGCAGCUCCUCAGGAAAUCGCUGCCGCCACAGUGACCGCCCUUUCUCGCACGGUGCCCCCGGCUGUCACGGGAGUCACCUUCCUUAGCGGUGGACAAUCCGAGGAAGAGGCCUCCGUCAAUCUGGACGCCAUCAACAAGUUCCCUGGAAAGAAACCAUGGGCUUUGACCUUCAGCUACGGUCGCGCUCUUCAGGCUUCCGUUCUCCGCGCGUGGGGCGGAAAAGCCGAUCAGAUCGGCGCCGGUCAGGAAGAGCUCCUCAAGAGGGCCAAGGCGAAUAGUUUAGCCUGUCAAGGCAAAUACGUUGCUGGCAGCAUCGCUAGCAAAGCUGCGGACACUUCUCUCUUCGUCAAAUCUCACGCCUAUUAAAACCCCCUUACUACUUUUCCGUGUGGCACGGUCCAUUUCCCGCGAACAGCGAAGCAGCCCUUGGCAAGUAUGCCGGUGGAGUCGCAGGUGCAGCAGGAGAUGCAGCUCUGUUCGUUGCCAAUCAUGCGUAUUAAAGAGUCAUCUGAAAGGAGGGUCAGGGUCGACUUCAUCGUCUUUUGCUGUCUUUUGGCUGGGUGCUCAAAAACGGAGGGGAAAACGACGCCGGAAGACGCGACGUCGAGGAUCGGUCAUGACGAGUGCCACUUUGAAAUUGCUGAAGAUGACAUUUCGAACGACAAACACCGUCAACUUAAUUCCCCGAUGCUCAGAGAUAAAGCUGCUUUAAUCAUGGUUGUCUAGUUUAAGCGUAGAAUUAAAAAGGAAAAUGAUAAAUCCUGGAGCGUCGCGAGUUGCGGCGAACGCAAUUAGGUCGGAUUAUCUGAGAUCUUGCAUAGCCUCUUCAAAUUCUAGAAACGGAAAACCAGAUUGUGAUGUUUUAAUGGAGAAUAAAUAAAUCGCACGAGUUGUAAUCCGUAGAUCAUGCUGGUCGAAUGUUAAAAGACGGAAACGGUUUGCAAGUUCCUGUCGUCUCGUCGCCAUCUUUUAAUGAGUCAGCUCCGGAGGAAUGGAAAAAUAAUUAUGGAAAUCAUCGAAAAAUCAACCUUCACUGCUUGUUAUCAUAAAGGAAACACUCGAACUCGGUUUCUAGGAUUAAAAAAGAUGCAACAAGAUUUGCAAUCGGCCAUUUUACAGUGAAAAAACAGGCGAUUUAAAUUAGCGACUCGAUUUGCAGACACAUUCGUACAUGCCCGACACCACGAGGAAAGCGGGAAAAAAUGAAUUUACCUAUAAAUAUAUAAAUAUGUGUACCUAUAUUGUAGCGUCAACGUCGUACUCUACGUGUAUAAAACGAAAAGUCUAAAGUCAUGUGUAAACGUUUGUUAGCAAGCGAGUUGAACGUAAAUAUAAACAAACUUAUAUGGAAUGUGUAUACCAUGUAGAGAUUUAAGUAACGUAUUGGAAAAAAUAUCUCGUACAUCGAUGUUAAAUAUAUAUACAUAUACAUA